GACGGUUGUCUAUAAAUGGAGAGCCGAAGAGCGACCACUCUCUUUGUGUGUGUUUUAUGUCAUGCGAAGCCUCUCUUUUGUGUUGAAGUUACUCCUCCUGCAAGUGGCAAUAUCAACAACAUGUGUGGUGGCGCUAUCAUUUCCGACUUCAUCUCCGCCAAGCGCGGCCGGACGCUGACGGCGGAGGACCUCUGGACCGAGUUCGACACCAUCUCUGACCUCCUUGGCUUAGACCACUCCUCCUCCUCCAACAACAACAACAACAAGGACCAGUUUGAGCAUCAGCAGAACAACAAGAGGGUGGCUCAGAAGCCCAAAAUACCUCUCUCUAAAGGAGCAGGGACAAGCGAGAAGCCCAAGAGGACGAGCCCAGGUGCAGGUGCGCAGAAGGAGGAGGAGGUGGGCAAGGCUAGUGAUAAGAAUAAGAGAGUGAGGAAAAACGUGUACAGAGGAAUAAGACAGAGGCCGUGGGGCAAAUGGGCAGCUGAGAUUCGUGAUCCGCACAAAGGCGUCCGGGUGUGGCUAGGCACUUACAACACAGCUGAGGAAGCCGCCAGAGCCUACGACGACGCCGCCAGGCGCAUCCGAGGAGACAAAGCCAAGCUCAACUUUCCUGAAUUACCGCCUUCUUCAGUUCCAGCUCCUGCAACACCGCCUUUGAAGAAGCGGUGCGUUGUUAGUCCAGCCGAGUCGACUCAGUCGAGUUUGGAGAGCAAUGGAAAUUAUUGUAACUAUGAUCCGUUUGAGGGUGGCGAGAUUUAUGGAAAGAAGGAGGUGGGUAGAGAGCAUGAGCUGAAGCAGCAGAUAUCGAGCUUGGAAUCGUUCCUGGGUCUGGAUGAGGAGGGGCCGAGUGAGGUGAAUGGAAGGGGUGGUGGUGAGUCGAACAACUCGUUGGACCUGUGGAUGCUAGGUGACCUGGUGACACAUCAUCAUCAGCAGCAGCAGCAACAGCAGCAGAAGCAGCAGCAGGGUCAGCAGCUGUAUUAAAGGAACAAAGUUGUAGUGGCUAAGCUCUCUCCAUAUAAUUAUAAUAUUAUAUAUGUAGGGGUUUAAAUUGCGUGUGGAAGAGACUGUGUUUUGAGUCUUUGACUGUGACUGUGACUGUGACUGCGUGUGUUUGUUUGUUUGAGAGCGAGAGAGCGAGAGAGCGAGCGUAUGUAAUGUAUUAUGUAAUGUGAGCUGCUUUGGUAUUUAUGGAUUUUAAUAUAUAUAGCAAGUAACUACUUUGGUGAAUUAUUUAUGAGAGUUGAGUUUAUAUUAUGUAGAAGAAUAAAGAAGCGUGUGUGUUUGCAUGCGUA